AUGGAAACAGGGGACUAUGUGACCAUAGAUCUUGAGGACAUUCAGGAGGAAAUUGACUACUGGAACUCAGCUGUAAUGUGCUAUGUGGUGGGUGCGAACCCUCCCAUUCAUGUUAUGGAGGGGUUUGUUCGAAGAAUCUGGAGGAAUAUGGGAGUUGAUAAGGUGGUUUUGAGGGCAAAGGGGGUGUUCUUGGUGAGAUUUACUACGAUGGAAAAGAGGGAUGCUGUACUUAAACUUAAUAGACCAUUUUUUGAUAGUAAACCUGUUGUUUUGAAACCUUGGACUCAAGACAUGGAUUUCACAAAGGAGGAUCUUCGAUCUGUUCCUAUCUGGGUGAAGCUGCACAGACUGGGUUUCAUGUAUUGGGGGGAGAGGAGUUUGAGUAAGAUAGUGGGGAAAAUUGGGGUGUUACAGAAGGUUGAUAGUGCAACUGCAAAGAGGGAUAAGUUGCAGUUUGCUAGGGUGCAAGUGGAGGUGUUAGUUGAACAGGAAUUCCCUGAUGUGAUUAAAUUUGUGAAUGAGAAGGGAAUGCUGGUGGAGGUGGAGGUGGAGUAUGAAUGGAGACCACUGGUAUGCUCUGUAUGCAAAAUCAUGGGACAUGAUGCUACAAAAUGCAAGAAGGGAGGAAAUAGAAGAGUGUGGGUCCCUAGACAGCAGGUGGUCCCUACUGCUGCUGCUGUUGUUACACCUGCUGUUGCUGUACCUGACCUAACUGUUGUUGCAUCUGUUUCAACUGAAGUGGUGGCUGCAGAUGGUGGUUUUCACACUGUGGUGCACUCUAGUAGGAGAAGAACACAGGGAGCCCCAAUCAUUCCUACUGGUAACCCUUUUCAUGUGUUAACUGAGGAGAACACAAUGGAUGAUGGUGGAAGGAAGGAUAGAGUGGGGGAUUGUGAUGAUGGAGAUAGGAUGGGGAUGCAAACUGGUGUUUCUAGGAGAGGGGACUCUCCUGGCAACAAUGGAUAG